GAUAAUAUUGGUGAGUCAACUUUUCCAUCAUUGCCUUCGUUUAUCUAGCCGCUAGGUCACUUUUCGUAACACAGAAAUCACAAGGCAGCAGCCAGAUACUUAUUUGCAGCUUCAGGAAUCCCGACACAGGAGCGGAGAUGAGCUAUCCCUACCCAGGGGGUGGUUACCCUGGCCAGGGCAUGCCGCAGCCUGGCUACCCAAGCACAAACCCACCAUAUCCUGGUGCUGCACCUGGAUAUCCUCAGGGUCCUGCUGCCAUGCCCAUGCCGGGUGCACCGCCAGCCCCAGCUUUGUACGGAGGUCCUGCUGGUUAUGACCAGAUGCCGGCGCCCCCUGGUGGACCCGGCCUGCCCUACAGCCCUCAGCCACCCUUGGGUUUCCAGACAAUGGUGGAUGAUGCAGCAACGGUGGCUAUGGCAGCUACAGCCUUUCGAGGAGGGGCAGGGCCUGUUGCCAUGCCGACGCCCCAGCCUCCUGGGCCUGCACCAUACCCAUCAGCAGGAGGAGGUGCUCCUCCUUAUCCUGUAGUCGGUGGAGGGACGGCAGCCCCUCCAAUGCCUCAAGCUCCCCCGCCAGCCAGUGGUUCCUUCCGCUCAGCCCCUCCUACUCAGCCCCACUCUCCGGUGCCUUCAGCCCCAGGGAGUCAGCGACGACCCCCACCCCAGGUCCCGACUGCCCCUGGGGGUCACAGGGCGGCCCCUACCCAGCCAACACCGCAGUCCAAAGCAGGCGGUGCAAGUCAAACUCGUCACAAAUAUGGCACCCUGCGAGAACACCAGCCGUUUGACCCCCACGCUGACGGACAAACCUUGAGGAAUGCAAUGAGAGGAGUGGGUACCGAUGAGAAAGCUAUCAUUGACAUCAUGGCCCAUAGAUCCAAUGACCAGAGACAGAAGAUCAUCUUGCAGUACAAGACCAUGUAUGGAAAGACUGAUGAGAAAGUGCUGAUAGAAAUCUUAACCACACGGACAAACCAAGAGCUGACUGAAAUCAAGAUAGCUUACAACACAGACUACAAUAAGAACUUGGAGCAGGACAUUAUCGAUGACACGUCUGGCCACUUCAAGAGGUUGAUGGUGUCUUUGGCACAGGGGAACCGGAGUGAGAACACGACAGCGGACAUGGCACAGGCUCAGAGGGAGGCUAAGGAGUUGUAUGAUGCUGGCGAGAAGAAGUGGGGUACGGAUGAGUCCAAGUUCAAUGCCAUCCUGGUUUCGCGCAGCCCGGCCCAGCUCAGGGCCACGUUUGACGAGUACAGCAAGCUGUGCAAGUACACCAUGGAGCAGUCCAUCAAGAGGGAGAUGUCAGGGGACCUGGAGAAGGGCAUGCUGGCUAUCGUGAAGUCAGCAAGAGAUACUCCUGCAUUCUUUGCUGAGAAGUUAUACAAAUCAAUGAAGGGACUUGGAACAGAUGAUGACACACUGAUCCGCAUCGUGGUGUCCCGCUGUGAGGUGGACAUGCAGCUGAUAAAGCAGGCGUUUCAGGCCAACUACAAACAGACACUUGGUCGCUUCAUCGCUGGUGACACUUCCGGAGACUACCAGAAGAUCCUGCUGGCUCUGAUUGGAGGAAAGGACUAAUUAUAAUAUAGGAUUGAGCAGAUGUCAUCCUAUACAUGUUCUCUGGAGACAUCUCUCCUUAAGUUAAAUGAUAGUGAAAUAGGAAUGUAAUUGCAUGGAUUUAUAAAAUCUGUAUUAUGAAUGUCAUUAAAGAUGUAAUGUUAUGGCUAAUAGUAAAUGUCUUUCCAUGAUGAUUUUAUCAAGGACUGUUUUUCAUCUGAAAUUGUAUUUGUCUUCCCAUUUUAUACAAUAUUUCUGUAAUACCCAAUCAUGAAUAUUGUACAGGAUUUUAUUGCAGUGGACAACGCUAUCUUUGGAAAUUCUAAAGAGAUUAUGAUAUAAUUUAAUAGUAAUCAUUGUUGUCAUUAGCUUACAUUGUGAAUUUUAAAAAAAUAGGUGCUACAACAUGUAGAACGCAUACGUAUUACUACAUUACGUAUUUGGCUAUAGUGUCAAGCAUAAUUUAUAUGACCUGUGCAGUACUUGUUGUAUUACAACGUGUGAUACUAAGAAAAGUCAAGGGCUUCUUUAAACCUACUUGUGAUGGUUCCUCUUGAUGUUAGAAUACAUGGGGUGGGGUUAGAAAGUUUUUGAUAUUUGGUGGUAAUACAACAUGGAAUCUUUUCCAAAACAUUUAUGAUAAAACCUCCUUGGUAUUACUAUGAUAUGAAAGUACUUGUAUCAGUUUGAAUGUAUGUUUGACCGAGAUUCAGUUUUGUAGUUUUAGUUUGUAGUAUUUUUAGUCUAUAGUUCAAUAAUAAUAUAUAAUAUAUAUAUAUUCCAACUGGAGUGUUUUCUGCUGUAUAACUGUGCUUCUAUUAUCAGGGAUGUUUAUAAUAAAGGCAGUUUUUAAUCGUUUUAUAGAACAAGUCAACAAAUAUGUUAUAAACUGUUUUAAUGUCAUGAUGUUACUGUCAAGAGUCUCUUGUAACUUCCAGUAGUGUCGGAACUUCAGUGAAGUAUCAGGAACAAUAAAUGAAAUUAUUAUGGACAAAGUUG